AUGCCAUCGGUAUCCCUGGAUGCACAUUGUCUUUCCACUGGAAUUCAGGCUGAACCACUUACCCCGAAGAUAUCAUCGUUCAAAAACUUCAAAUCUCACUUUGGUAAUGUAAGCGCUGGAUUGUGGUAUAUCAAGCACGAAUGCGAUCGUUAUACAUCCACCAAAUCCCCCUGCUCACUCGCUCCAUACUCUAAUAGUAUGACCCUAGUAGUCUCGAACGAUCCCAGUUGGUGGCCAGUCAUCAAUGCGAAUGUUAUUUUCGGCUAUUUUGUAGUUGCCGCCUCUGUUGGGGUGAUGUACGAUUGGGCGCUGACGUUUGGACAAGAGGUGGAACUGAUGUGGAGGCAACGCUGGUCCUUGAUGACCUUUCUCUACCUCAGUGUGCGCUAUGUUGGAAUAGGAUAUGCUGUGUACGUUUGGAAGUUUAAGCCACUGAUGUUGCUCUCAUCAUCCAUCUCUCACAAUCAGGAUGAACAUUUUGAAAUCGCCAACGUAGUGAUGCUUGCAAUAACGAUGAUGCAGAGUUCAGCGGAGGAAUACGUUCUCUCCGGCACGUAUCAGUGCAUAUUUGACUCCGGGGGAGAUUCCGUAUUUCUUGCUUCCAUGACUUGGAUACUUGACACUGUAUGGGAGGUCCUUGCACUGUGUCUCGCGGUCUGGAUUGCUGUAAAGCACUUCCGUGAACUACGACAACAUUCAACCAGAGGUAUUAUCGGUGACUGUUUCACGGUGCUAAUGAAAACUCAUGUGAGUUACUUUGCGAGUUUUUUGGCCAUCUCUUGCUUCGAGAUCGGUUUCUUCUCUCCAACGCUCAUAGCGGACCUAUAUUCCCUGGACACUCGGAUUUAUCAAGGUUUCGCUGAGAUAUCUGGCUUUGUGGGAUUUUUUGUGCUGGGACCACGCUUGAUCCUCGGUGUCCGAGAAUAUCACGCUGAGCUCGUGGCCAACUCUGAUACGGCAACCGCUAUGACUUCAAUUGCCUUUCAGGAGCGCAUCCAUGUGUCAACUAGCAGUAGUGUGUAG